UGCAAUUUACUCGUUUUAUCAGAAGAGGGCAGCAAAAGAGCUAAAAAGUAAAGGUCUGAAAAAAAAUUCUGUUACCAAUCUCUGUUUUAACCUAGUCCACAUGUAAACAAUAACAUUUUUCAACUUCUUUACGUGAGAUACAUUAAUGUAUUCCGUAGAUUACAUAGAAGGUGUUCAUUAAUGCAUCAAUUCAAUAUUUCAAUUAUUUAAAAAAAAAGUAACGUUAUCCCUGGCAUUGUGAAUUGUUUUAAAGUAUUUGAAUGAUGUUACCUUUAAGACACAAGCUCUUGUUAUUAAUAAUGCAGGACGUUAACUUAAUUCCACGCGUACAAGUGAGAUACAGUUCCCGUCUAUUCUGUUCUGGGUGUGAUGUAGCGGUGGUGACAUUAGGAGGUGGGUCGUUUUCUCUAGAGCAGGCGGUAAUUUACUGCCCUAUAUGUUUGGACGCGCUCGCGACCAACCAGACAACAUACUGACAAGUAACGAUGCGACCUUUCAUUGUAAGCGUCUCGUUUGCGCUCCAGUGCUUCUUUUUCAAAAGCGCAUCAGAGUACUCUUCAAAAUCAGAUUUGGAAUACGAAUUCGGGGACUAUCGUGGGAAGUUUUGUAUCGACGAUCAAGGUUUUGUGUAUGGCAUCGGAGAGGUUUAUUACCCGAGCCCCACAGCUUGUCCGUGCACCUGCACUGAAAAUGGACCGGUGUGUAUCAGACCCAAGUGUCCGCGUAUACACCCAAGGUGCACGCGCAUCAAAUACAAGUCUUGCUGUCCAGUGUGUGAAGCUGUCAGUAAAGUUUGCGUGUACGGGGGCAAAACUUAUAGACUACUGGAGGAAUUCAAGAUGUCCCCCUGUGAGCGCUGCCGUUGUGAAGUCAAUAGAGAAGUUUACUGCAGCAUAUCCGGCUGUCCAGCCUUGCAUUGUGUGAAUCCUGAAUAUGAACCCAACCACUGCUGUCCUGUGUGCAAGAGCGGGCCAAACUGCUUUGCUGGAAAUCGUGUGAUCCCAGUUGGAGAACGUGUGGAGAUUGAUGAUCGGAUGGUCUGUUUCUGCACCUACCGGGAUGGAACAUGGCAGACUCACCCUCACGCUACCUGUGAGGAGCGCCAGCAACCAGACAAUGAAGCUACUGACUCCCAUGAUACAUCAAAACAGAUGGAGGAGCAGGAGAAAGAGAAGGAGAGAGUUUUUUCGCCCAGGCUGGAUGCUAUCCCGUGAACGGGAAGUGUGCCUGGCACCAGCUUUGCUGACAGGCAGCAGGGGAUGCAGGUGUCUGGGACCAGUGUAAACACAACCUGUUAUGGAUUAAUUGCCAAUGCUGACCUCUUUUGCCAGCCUCAACCCCUACCCUCCUUAAUACAGAUCAACACCGUCUUGAGAAACAACAUGCAGUGGCUGUAAAAUUACAAAUGUCUUUAUGGGACAUAUAACAUUUUUUACUUGACUAAAUUGUUGCUGUUUUUAUAACAUACACUGCCGUGCAAAAGUUAAGGGUCACAUACUUGAUGUUUUAUAUACACUGUUAAAUUUUCACAUCCUCAAUUUAGUCACCAUUUCAUCGUUUGAAAAGUGUUGACAUCUAUCAAACUCCUUCUUGAGGUCUCAGCCUGAGAUGCUUUUUAAACGGUAUUGCAUGAUUUACUAUCUAUGCUGGGCUUUUAUUAGCUGUUUUCUCAUUGUUUGGUCCAGACAAUUAAUUUCAAAACAUUUGUUAAAUAUUUUUUAAUUGUUGGCACAAUUAUAUUUUUGUCAAAAAAUAAUUACAAAAUAAUUUCAAACAUUCAAGCAAGCUUCCUGGGAUCAAAAGGUUUGUGAUGUCAAUAGUAAUAUUUUAAUGAAGUCGACCUGAACUUGAUUGGUAUGUGUGUACAUUACUGUAUAUGAUGUUCUGCUUCUUAUUAGGACACUGUCACAUAGCAAUUAAUUUAAAUAUGAAGUACUAAAUGUAAAAAUGGAAUCAUACAUUUGCCAGGUCAUUCUAGCAUGUGUUAAUAGACGCACUGGUUUGCCAAAUUUUGCUUCUUUAUAUAAGUCUUUAGAUGCUUUUUGGAUAUCCUUUCCUCAAGACAAAAUAAGUAAUAUUUUGCCUGUUCCUUCCAACCAUUUUCAUGUCAUACUGUGUAAAAUAAAAUUAAGUCUAGGUAAUUGCAAAAUGCCUAGUGAAAUUUAAGUAGCCCGUUAAUAGAUGAUGAUGCAUAUUUAAUGGCAAUAUAGUUAUUAUUAAUGAAAAAAGGUGUACUUUGAGUCCUCUCGCUUUAAUGAUUUGAUAUACUGGCAUGGACUGAUGAGCCAUGAUGUCAUGAUUUGGUAAUAUUCCAAGCAGCAUAUAUAGAAGUGUCACACAUUAGCACUUUUUCCAUAUUUCCAUUAUAUGCAUUAUUAUAUGCACAUCAUAUAAAUAUAUCGUAUUAUAAUUAUAGACUUCUGGUUUUUUUUAAAGUAAUUUUUAAAUAUUGUCUCAAACUUUGUGACCCUACUGUAUACAUUAAUUGUCUACUCUAAUUACAAUCGUCUUUCUUAAGUUUUAAGCUUUUAUAAGCCUCUAUUAUGAAUUGCUAUUAUUCUUGAAUCAAUAAACUGUGUAAUAAAGAUAAGCAGUAUCUUAAGCAGUAUAAGGACGUU